AUGCACACAUUCACAAAAUUCGUGCUGUGGUUCUGCCUGGAGUUCGGGCUGCUGAUAUACGUCGGCAUCUACCUCAAGGCAACCAUCACGAUCCUCGAACUGGUCGGCACGAGCGCCUCCAACUGGACAUACGGGCAGCUGAUCGCGGUCAUGGCGUGGGCGCCCGUGAUCGGCAAGCACGUCUACUUCAACGUAUUCGGCAUCACGGAAGGGGUCGGGAAGCGCCUGGCGAACAGGUACAAGGUCGUUGAGGUCGACCCAGACGACGACGACGACGACCACCCUGGCAAACCAGGGUCGAGUGGUUUUGCCAAGCAAGAAGACGGGAUCGAACUGUUCGACCGCCAGAAGGACCCGUUUAGGCCUUUCAGCCGCGAGCCCACCCUGGUCGCGGACAUGUCCCCGGCCACGACGACGUCGGAUCUAACGGGGAAAGAGGAGUAUGGGAGGAAGAAUAACCCCUUCGACGGCUAUGUCAAACGGAGGAAUCGCAGUGCUGGCGCGCAAGACCUUUCUGGAGAUGGCCAAUUUAGUAAUGUCUAG